GAAUGAGGAUGAGUCUUGCAGCAAAAGACUGACUACCUAGUAUUUUCAGCAGACUUUGAGACUAUACUAAGUGCCGGUACGGGCGUCUGCUUCAUCAAUUCUAGCGUGUUGAUAAAGGUGGGGGGAAGCAGUAGAUCACCCAAAUAUUUCUCCCGUCAUACAAAUACUACUCAAUCAACACAGAUUAUUCGAAGACUGUGCAAUUUUUAUCUUCGUCGAACAAAUCACAAAAUGGCUCAAAAUGGGCACUCCCACAAUAGCUUCACAAACUAUGUUGCAUAUCGCGAUCCAAAACUUCUUGGACAAUCGCGAAUUGGGCAUCUAGAACUCGAGAGUUCUACAAUCCAACCUUUGAGCUUCACUUCCGGAGCUCCAAUAUCAGAUCUUUAUCAAGUUAUUGAGGUUGGCGGCUCGCAGAUUAAACCUGCUGGCGAGAAAUUUCCUCUGUCUUCAGUCGAGCUCCUUGCUCCUAUUUACGGAAGAGAUGUACUAGCAGUAGGGAAGAAUUAUGCCGAACAUGCUGUAGAAUUCAAUACUUCGGGCUACGACUCUAGCGAUAAGGUCGAUCAGCCCACACAUCCUGUUAUCUUUACGAAGCGAGCUACAAGUAUCAUCGCAAGCGAAGAGGCGAUUUAUCCACACGAUGGGUUUACCGAAACCUUAGACUACGAAGGUGAAAUAGGCGUCAUAAUUGGGAAAUCAGGAUUCAAGAUUGAGGAGGCAGAUGCUAUGGAACAUGUUUGGGGUUAUACAAUCAUCAAUGACAUGACUGCUAGGGAGCGUCAAAGGGAUCACAAGCAAUUCUAUAUCGGAAAAUCUGCAGAUACCCUCUGCCCUAUGGGUCCGAUCGCAGUGCCCGCCAACAAACUCCCGAAAUCCCUUCGAGUUCAAACACAUGUUAAUGGGGAGCAACGACAAAGCUCCACUAUUGAGAGCCUUAUAUUCUCAAUUCCAGUCCUUAUUAAAACUCUCUCCGAAGGACAAACUUUACAGCCAGGUGAUGUCAUUGCGACUGGCACUCCUGCAGGUGUUGGUAUUGGCAAGAAGCCCCCAAUUUUCCUGAAACCAGGGGAUGUGGUUGAGGUAUCCAUCACUGGGCUUGGAGUACUUCGGAACAAGAUUGGAGAAUUUGAAUCCACAAAUCAGACUGUAGAUCGUGUGGCGAAAGCCACCCAUAUCCAUACCAACAACCUUGAAAAAACAUGUGGUGGUAUUGGACUUACAACAAUCAAUUCGAAACAAUUGUACUAUCGCCAUACUGGGGAAGCUAAUGGUCCGCCCAUUAUCUUCAUUCAUGGUCUUGGUGGUUCUUCUGAGUUUUAUACCCCCCUGGUCAACGCUCUAGGCUUGGAAAAGUCCCAUUCUUUACAUUUCAUGGAUCUUGAAGGUCAUGGACUCUCUCCCACAAUUGCGACUUCAAUUGUUUCUAUAUCAAGUUACGCCGCAGACUUUGCAGCAUUAGCACAGCAUGCCAAAAUCAGUGGAGCAACAAUAGUGGCUCAUAGUAUGGGGUGUACUGUGGCAUUGGCAUUGGCCUUGAAACAUCCCUCGCUCGUCUCAAAAUUAAUUCUCCUUGGUCCACCACCCACACCCCUCCCUGAAGCCGUCCAAACCGGAUCCAUCUCUCGAGCCGCAAUUGUGAGAGCAAAUGGAAUGGCUGCCGUAGUAGACGCUAUCGCAACCGCAGGCACGUCUACCAAGUCUAAAACAGAUAAUUCUCUUGCAAUAGCAGCGGUACGCAUGUCCUUGCUAGGACAAGAUCCUGAAGGCUAUGCUAAGGGAUGUACGGCUCUUGCUGGUUGGAAUGCCACAGUCCCAAUUGAACAGAUCAAGACUUCGACUCUAAUUAUUACAGGCGAUGAGGAUAAGGUAUCGCCGCCGCAGCUUUGCGAAAAGUACGCAGCGGAAAUCAAAGGUGCAAAAGUGAUCACUCUGGAGGGAGUUGGCCAUUGGCAUAUCUUUGAGGAUCUGAGCGGUGUUGCAAAAGCAGUUUCAUCCGUCCUGGCGUAGGGUCGAGGAUGCUGUUCGUAUUUUUUAUUAUAGACAAUCUCGCAUUUCAAUGCUGCAAUUCGAGUUACCCCGUUAGUCUCCGAGUUCCACACAGAUGAUUUGUACCGUUUUCCUCAUCUGACUGUGGAGAUUUUGUGCACUCAGUCUCCUGUUAGAAAGGCAAAAGCAUGAAUGGAAUUGUAGGAAUUGUAGGAAUAGUAGGAAUUGCAACUAGUAUGAUAGAACAGGACAAUUGCGUUUAUGUAAACCAUAGAGCUUGACCCAGACGUGACAGAUAUCAACCUAGGAGGAAGCCCAAGAAACCGACCCCCGUAUAUCACUGUUACCCCGCGUGCCCGGCAGAGGAUAAUGCAGAUCUUCUGUACAGGAUGAAAGAGCUAGUCUUGAAAGAGUAUAAAAUGUUCAAAAAUAGUCA